AUGCGAUUACUUGCUACUGGUCGAGCCCUGCGUGUAAGCAGUGGCCGGUGGUCAAUUGCUGCACGUCCCGGAAUUCUCAUCCACAGGCCACUCCGCGAAUCGGUUCCAGUCUCUCGGACCUGGAGUUCGACUUCAGUUCGCCGAACAACUGAGCAGCAACCUGCAAGCAAAAGUACCUCGUCGACAGGAACCAAAUCGACUCUGAAAAUUGAGGGCGACAAUUAUACUACAGAUCAAUGGACUAAUACUCCUGACACAAUUCUGAGCCAUAUCGGCCGACGACUUUACCUAGACGAGAACCACCCUCUUGCCAUCACGCGAAAGCUCAUUGAAACGCAAUUCCCCGCUCCAGAAUUUGGCAACUACUUUGAGGAGAACCCAGCUGUCUCCACAAAGUUUAAUUUCGAUGUCCUCGGAUUUCCGCGUGACCAUCCGGGUCGUAGUCGCACAGAUACAUACUACGUAAAUGAGCAAACUGUGCUGCGCACACAUACGAGCGCACACCAGCUGGCAUACUUCCAGAAGAUGAACAGUAAUGAGCAGACUCGUCCGAAAGAAGUCGGAUAUACUGUCAUCGCCGAUGUAUACCGCCGCGAUGCGAUUGAUCGAAGCCACUACCCGGUCUUCCAUCAAAUGGAAGGCGCGAGGCUGUGGAAGCGGCCUGAUAAUAACCCCCUCGCCUAUUCUGCGGAGACAGCUGCAAAAAUACAAGCCGAUGUCGAUAUGAUUCCACGACACGACGUUCCAGUUGAAGACCCUAACCUGACGAUUCACCCUGAGCGCAAUCCGCUCCAGGUUGAACAACAUAGUGUAGAGGAGGUCGAAGCCAUUGGGGCGCAUUUGAAGCGCUCACUCGAGCGUAUGGUCAUUAAGAUUUUAACAGAGGGCAGGAAGGCCGCUAUUGCUAGCUCCGGAAGCAAGACCGAGCCCGAGCCAUUAAAGGUGCGCUGGGUGGAAGCUUACUUUCCCUUCACCAGUCCAUCAUGGGAGCUUGAGGUCUUCUGGGAAGGCGAUUGGCUCGAAAUUCUUGGAUGUGGUGUGAUCAAGCAGGAAAUUCUUAUCAAUUCCGAUGUGCCGAACCGUGUUGGUUGGGCCUUUGGAUUGGGUAUUGAGCGCAUCGCCAUGCUGCUCUUCAACAUUCCCGAUAUCCGGCUUUUCUGGUCUCGUGAUGAGCGGUUCUUGUCCCAGUUUAAAGCUGGCAGUAUCACUCGCUUUGAGCCUUUCUCUAAGCACCCUGCUUGUUACAAGGACGUCGCUUUUUGGCUACCUCCUUCCGCUGUGACCGGCGGUAGCAGCGCUGCAGGAGGUGCUGUGCCUUUCCAUGAAAACGAUGUGAUGGAGAUUGUUCGUGGUAUUGGUGGUGAUCUUGUCGAGGAUGUCUCUAUGAUCGAUGAAUUCACGCACCCUAAGACGGCGCGCAAGAGCAUGUGCUACCGCAUCAACUAUCGCAGUCUAGAACGAACUUUGACCAACGAGGAGGCCAAUGAAAUGCACGACAAAGUCCGAGCCAAAUUGGUUGGCGAUCUCGGUGUUGAGUUGCGUUGA